AUGGUCGACUCCUUCAUGAUCAAGGAUGCAAAGAUUACCGUGAAUUCUCAAAACCAGCCCCAGAAAGACUGCGAUGAAGCGCGCGGCAAUGAUCGUCAUGAAGACCAGGCAAACAAAAGUUCGAGCGCGUUGAACGUUGUGAUUUCGGGAGUGGCUCUCUUCAGUGAUGGUUACAAUGCGCAAAUUAUUGGCUAUAUGGAACCCCUAUUCGCCGUAUUGUACAAAAGCACAAUGUCCUCGACGAUCAAAUCUCGAUUGUCAAAUUCUUUUCUGAUCGGCGAGGUUUUCGGGAUGCUUUUCUUCGGAGCCCUUAUUGAUCGGCUGGGCCGGAGAACCGGUGUCGUAGCAGCGACCCUGUUCCUGGUGCUAGGCAUCGCCUUGGCAGCAGCAGCGCAUGGAACUUCAGAGCUUGGCAUGUUUUGGAUGAUGAUUGUCGCUCGUGGCGUUGCAGGGUUUGGAGCUGGUGGCGAGUAUCCCGUCUGUGCUACAAGCGCAACAGAAGCAGCAGAUGAGACGGCUCGUCUCCGAAGAAAAAGAGGCUUUCUGGUGGCACUGACGACAGAUUUUGCUGUGGACCUGGGUUUCAUCUUUGCUGGAAUUGUAGCUUUGAUUGUCCUUGCUUGCUAUCAUCAGGACGCUCGUGGAGGAGUAUGGCGAGUAUCUUUUGGAAUUGGUUUCGUGCUUCCUCUACUCAUUUGUUUCUUUCGCCUCCGCAUGAUAAAUUCGACACAGUACCGGAAACAUGCGAUUAAGUCUCAAUAUCCGUACUGGCUCAUUCUCAAGCGAUAUUGGAAGCCAAUGUUGGGAACCUCCCUUGCUUGGUUUUGUUAUGAUUUUGUCUCCUACCCAUUCGGAAUCUUCUCAUCGACAAUCAUUUCACAGCUAAUGACCGAUAACUCAACUGUUCAAAACAUUGGCUACGGGACAGUUGUCAAUUGCUUCUACCUCCCUGGUUGUCUCUUGGGUGGGUGGCUCAUGGACAAGAUCGGUCGUAAGCAGAACAUGACACUUGGAUUCAUGCUCUGGGCAAUCUGGGGCUUUAUACUAGGCGGCGCACUUCACCCAAUUCAGAAGGUAUUCCCACUGUUCGUCGUGAUGUACGGCAUCUUUAUGGCACUGGGCGAGAUGGGUCCUGGUGUCUCGACAUUCCUCUGUGCCGCCGAGUCCUUCCCUACACCCCUACGUGGCCACUUCCUAGGAUUCGCAGCAGCCGUGGGCAAAGCAGGCGCCUCAAUUGGCACCGAAGUGUUUACCCCCAUUCAGGAUUCAUUCGAAUCGACACCACAGGGUCAACAGGCCGCGUUUCUCAUCGGGUCUGCGUUUACUCUGGUGGGCGGGCUGAUUGCGUGGUUUUUAAUCCCAGAUAUGUCUCGAGAACUAGAAACUGAAGAUGCUCAAUUCAAGGCAUACUUGGAGGAAAAUGGAUAUUGUAUUAGCCAUUACGGCGAGGCUCUCCAGGUGGAUCGGAAGCGAGGCGUAUAG